AUGUUCGUCCGAUCCACACUGCUGGGAUUGCUUGCCCUGCUGUGCCUGGGACGCUCAUGUGCGGAUAACGUUCUGACUGUGGACGAAGACAACUUUGAAGAAGUCGUGACUUCUAAUCCAAAUCUCAUUGUGGAGUUUUAUGCUCCAUGGUGUGGGCACUGCAAGAAACUUGCACCAGAGUAUGAAAAGGCAGCAGGUAUUCUGCUCCAGAAGGAUCCUAAGGUGGUUCUGGCAAAGUGUGAUGCCACGGAUGAGAAGAACAAGGCCCUCGCCAAAAAGUAUGGUGUCAAAGGCUUUCCUACUUUGAAGAUAUUCAAUGGGACCACAGAAUCCCCCAAAGACUACAGUGGCCCAAGGGAAGCCAAGGGCAUUGUGGAGUAUGUGAUGAAGAUAUUUGGACCUGCAUCCACGCCUGUGACAGACUCCAAAUCCUAUGAUGCCCUGAUGGAACACGACGUCAUCGCCCUGGGAGUCUUUUCAGGCGAAGAUUCUGAAGAACUCAAAUUGUUCCUCGACGUCGCAAGGGAUCUGAAGGAUGAGAUGGAAUUUGGCCACACAUUUAAGGCAGAUCUUGUGGCGAAAUGUGGGGAUGUCAAGUGCGAAGCUGCCACGGUCAUGUUGUUUGUCCCUGGUGAGGACACAUUUGAGGUCUUCACUGGCAAGUUCGAAAGGGAGCCACUCACUAAGUGGCUGGAGGAAACAUCCAAACCUGAGCUGCCAAUUCUAAGCAGCACCACUCGCAUGCAGAAGGUGCUUGCCAAGAUAUUCGGGUCGAAGAAGAUGCGGCUUCUGGUUUUUGCAGAGGAGGGGAAGUCUGAAGCAGAUGAACUGAAGCAGGCCAUCAUAAAGGCAGCAAAAGGUGAAAAUGAGGCGCACAUCAUCUACGGUGAGACCGCAGACAACGAAGGUGCUCUGAGCUACUUUGGAGUGAAGGCUGCAGACAUUCCUGCUUUCGUUGCACAUGACCCUGUGAGGGAUCUCAAGUAUUUAAAAGCUUCCGUGAAAGCGUCAGAACUUGCUGAGUUCCUGGAGCAGCUGAAGGCUGGCCAGCUUGAGCCCAACAUCAAGUCUGAGGAUCCUCCAAAGGACAAUGAUGGCCCUGUCAAG